UCAAUGACUCAGGAGCUAAGCUUCCAAAAAUUUAUUGAACAAUCCAACUUACAAGAAGAACUUAAAUAUGACUUCAAUGAAAAUGCGGAAUUGAGACACACAGAGACACAACAGCCUUUUGUCUUUAACUAUUACAAAAAUGUCCUCAAGAGAAACAGCAAACGCUACCAAGCUCUUGGCCAUCUGCUUGAACAAUACAUUUAUGAGCUUUUGGAAAAAGUGUGCAAAUUACAAAAAGUACAUAUCCCACCUGAGGCUGAUGAAGAACAAAGAAGCUUCUUUUUCAUGAGCGAGAGAGCAUUAACAAAUCAUCAUUCUGCUCUUCUUGUCCUUCUUCAAGACCACGGGGUCUUCGGAGCUGGUCAGUGGAGUCAGCAGGCAAUAAUACAUCAUGGUCUUCAACAUGGAAGUCAGAUACCAUGUAUUCAGAUGGCAUUGCAGGCGCAUCAUGAUGUAAUUGUGCUAAAUCCCAAUGACAACUUUAUGAACCUAAAUAUGGCAAAAAAGUGGAACAGCCUCUUAACACAAAAUAUCGAGUCCUCUUCCCCCAAAAUGGCUCAAACUGAGAGUUUUUUCUCUCUUCAGCAUCCUCCCCAAUGCUUUCCAAAAAGAUACAGCAACACCCCUGAAGAACACAUGGCUUACAUAUGGGAUUACUUCAUUUCAAAGACUGAAGGCAAGGAUGUUGCCUUCAUCGUACAUGGUUAUGGAGGCUUGGUUUUUAUGGACUUGCUUGUCCGUAGAAAGUGGGAAGUAAUGAGCAAAGUAUAUGCUGUUGCACUUAUUGACUCUGAACAUCACGUAGGACACCAGCUGGGAAGUGAUGUACAAUUAUUAGCUUGGGUAAAGCACCACUGCCGUGAAUGGGUAACAAGUCCUAAGCCUUUGGAUAAGCCUGCAGCUUCUGUUUUGAAAAAUCAGUUUCCUAUGGUUUCUGCUGGCACAGAAAAAUACCACUUAGCUCCUUCCUCUAGCCUUCAGUCAAUUUUUAAAUAUUUACAAAAAGCCUUGAAAGCCAAAACAACUAUUAAUUUUUCACGAAUGCCAAUAGUAACUAGAAGCUCCACAAAAAAAAAGCAAAGUGCCUAACCUACUUUGUCAUCUAAGAUUUUUUAUUUGUCUCCCUGAAACUUUGCUGAU